CUCGUUUACAUAAAUCAAAGACGCGUUCCUAUGUUGUCUGGUCACUCUUUAAGCCUUUCCUUUUUACUGUUCCUUGCUGCAGCCUUAUUCAGUUUACCCUCUAAAGUGGGUGCUACAGCUCUUACAUAUAGUCUUCUUGCAAACGAAAAAGCAUGCUUUUACAUUUGGAAUGACAAACCCGGCAAGAAAGUUGGCUUUUAUUUUGCAGUUCAAGAAGGUGGUUCUUUUGAUAUCGAUUAUACUGUCGAAGGACCUGACAAUGACAUUAUCUUGAAAGGAGAACAAGAAAAGCAGGCUGAUUAUGUCUUUACAGCCAAUCACUUUGGUGAAUACGCCUUUUGUUUCUCCAAUGACAUGUCUACUUGGGCAGAAAAGCUUGUAGAUUUCGAAAUUCUUGUUGAAAAUGAAGUUCGUCCUAGCUUCCAAAACCCAACCAGCAAAGAACAACCAGCCACUAUGAGUGAAAUGGAAGAAUCGAUAUUUAGAUUGUCUGGUCAUCUGACCAACAUUCAACGUACACAAAAGUAUUUCCGUACCAGAGAAAAUCGCAAUUCUUCCACUGUUGCUUCCACUGAAAGCCGUAUCUUUUGGUUUGCCUUUUUGGAAAGUGCUUCCAUUAUUGUGAUGGCUGCUUUACAGGUCUUUGUUAUUAAGAGCUUCUUCAAUGUCAAAAAAGGUGGUGUUUAAACUAUAAAUAAAAUUUAUCCUGUCAAUGCAUGCAAUUAAACGAACAAAAAAAAAAGGGAGUGCUUCUGAAUCGGGCUUGGUUCGAGAUAUGAAGCAAAAAAAAUAGGC